AAGAGAACAAAGGUCCUCGGACGGCCAUUUCGAACAUACCCCAGUCGGUAUAGACGAUAAUCACAUCACGUGACAAGUUUGGACAAAAUAAAUAUCAUCAGUCAAAGGCAAUUAACGUUUAAAUAGAAUUAACAACAAAUAUCUUGUCAAAAGCAACGUAUAAUGAAGCAGCGUUCUAACCUAGUGUGACGUGAAACCCAGUUUGUGCGUCACAUUCUGUACAUCAGUUUCAAUUGAGAAUUGAAAGUUACACAGGCAACAUGUAUACGAAAAUUUUAGUCGUCCUUUUGUGCAUCUUUGCAUUAAACAACGCUACUUUUAUAGAUUGCGGUUCCAAAUUAGGCAACUUUACACAAGUGUCUGUGACGAACUGUACUGAGACUGCCUCUACAUGCAAUUUGAGGCGAGGCAGUAACGCAACCAUUGACAUUGCCUUCACGAUAGAUCGAGACAUUUCAAACGUGAACACGGUAGUGCACGGUAUUUUGAUGGACAUCCCCGUACCAUUUCCGAUACCAAAUGCUGACGCCUGUGCCAAUUCUGAUUCUGGCAUUACUUGUCCUUUGCAAACAGGCAAAUUAUACAAUUACAAAGCAACCUUACCUAUAUAUAAAAAAUAUCCCAAGGUAUCAGUUACCGUGAAAUGGGAGUUACAAGACGAGAAUAAAAAUGACAUCAUAUGCAUUUUCAUUCCUGCAAAACUCGUAUAAGACUAACGACAAUGUGACGAGAGUCUUAUAAGCAUAGGAGAUAGGUUAUUCCAAUUAUGAUAUGGCUUUUAAAAUGAUAAUGAAUUCUUCUAAAGUUCACAUAAUCAAAUGUAAUAAAUAUAUGUACUUUAUCUAACAUUGGGCAUACGAUACUAAUCAUAAUUAUUUGGUAUAAUCAGUCGGUGACUGAGAAGACGCAGAAACUUGAAAAUAUCAUAUGUAUUUUAUUACAUGUGAUUAACAACAACUUAAACGAAUAAUAAAUAAAAAAUAGAGUAUCCAAGAA